AAAAAAAAAAGAAGAAAAGAAACGGAAGCAGAGUAAUGAUGCGGAGUUAGAGAGGCCAUCGUGCUACAUUACUACACAACCUACAUAACACACAGUCAGGGGAGACUGGGGGAGAGGGAGGGUGUGUGUGUGUGACCUGUGACCCGCAGUAAUCUGCUGCUGCAGGAAUGACAGGCAUUCAGCUGAGCAGGAGCACUGGAGCCCGGGCUGCUGCAUCAGGCUGCUGCGGACACACUGCCGGCCGGGCAGCGGGAUUACUCUGACGGGACAGCGCCGUUUAUUCCAGACGGGGAGAGGAAAUGAAACCCUGGGAUUAUUGUUGCUGGGAAUGCCUGAGAGUCGCCUGAUUGCUGGACUAAAGGGCCCCUCUUGGAAAUUAAGCAAUGGGCCAGACCUCCGUGUCAACUUUGUCUGAGCAGGCAAGCAGUGUUGAUGGUUUGGACAAAUCUUCCAUUGCAAACUGUGAUGCACCAAACUCAGGCAAUCAAACACCUCCUCUCAAAAGAAAAGGAAGGCUGUCCUCCAUAGGUAAGAUCUUCAAGCCUUGGAAAUGGAGAAAGAAGAAGGCCAGUGAGAAGUUCCGUGAAACCUCAGCAGUGUUAGAACGCAAGAUAUCCAUGAGACAGAGCCGAGAGGAGCUUAUAAGAAGAGGCGUUCUCAAAGAAAUUCCAGAUCAUGACAGUGAUGUUCCAUUAAAUAUGGGAACUUCAAAUGGUCAUACGGUGCCAAUCAGUGAGGAAGCUUCAAAAGAACAGAAACCCUUAGCUCACAAUGGAGCAAUAGCAUCAAAAACAAAUCUUGUAGAAGAGAAAACAGAAGACAAGAAAGAGAGGGGUCGUGCCUGCCCAGAAUUGCCACCACCUUCUGCUCCACCUCCACCCAAAACAAAAAAAAAUAAUUUCCCUCCUAAAACCGUAGUAGCCGCUGGCACUCAUAGGAAAGGUGAUGCAUCUGCAAAACAGACUGUGGGUGGUGCAAGUAAGCAGCCACCAGCCACUCUUCCCAAGCCAACAAACCGGGCAACUCCCCGCAGCACUGAGGUCACUGAAAAGACCACGGGAGUUUCUGAGAAUAAACCAAAAAGAACAGCCACGCCUUCAAAAAGUACUGCUGCUUCUUCUGGGCCAAGCCAUAAGAAAGAUGAGACCUCCAUCCGAAAAACUGCCAAAAGCAUCUCUAAGCAGCUAUCUGCACCAGCACUCAAAACAAGUCGAGGUGGCACACAGGAUAGUACUGCUCCAUCACUUAGCAAGAAGCCAGCUGCCCCCAAGACCUCUUCCUCCACUCUGACAUCAUCUUCCCGGUCUAAAAUUUCAAAGGAACAGAUAUCCAGCAAAACAGGGAUAUCCAGCAUUCCACGAGCCAAAAAAUUACCCAGCAGAACCUUGUCUGCAUCAGUGGAUGACACACAUCAACCCAUGUUGUCACACCCAUCUAGUUCUGCAAGCCAAAAGAAAGUGGACAGGACAGAGGACACCACACAACGUUUGGACUCUGAGACACAGGAGACUUGCCUCAAAGAGCAUUCUGUCCCUGGACCACAGUCCACUUCUCCUGCUUUAAACCGUCAUGUGAAGCCUACAUGCAGCAUAGCAGAACCAACAUUGGAGAUUAACCCGUCCAAUCACAUUAAUGAUGUGUGUGACGUUACACAGUUACCAGAAAACUGUGACUGCAGCACAGCAACCCCACAGGACAGGGAAAUCUCAUGUAAAAAUGAAGAUAAUGGGCAAAGCAAUGUUUCUUUGAAAAGCCAGGAAGACUCAUCAAGCCUGAGAAGUCAUGAUAUGACAGAUGACCAUUCUGAAACUUCAGUCAACCAAGAUGGAGAUAGUGAAGGCAAAGAGAGCCAGACCAGUGACUCUGACUCAGAUGGACCAAUCCUCUACACAGAUGAUGAUGACGAUGAUGAUGACAGCACAGAAAGCACAUUGGCAAGUAAAAUCCGUCGGAGAGAUACACUUGCUAUCAAACUUGGUAACAGACCAUCUAAGAAAGAUUUAGAAGACAAGAACAUUCUGCCACGUAAUUCUGAAGAAGAGCGACAAGAACUAUGGCAGCAGAUUGGGACCAAACUUGUGAGGAGACUGAGUCAAAGGCCAACUACUGAAGAGCUAGAGCAAAGAAACAUCUUAAAACAAAAAAAUGAAGAGGAGGAACAAGAAGCAAGAAAGGAACUGAAGCGAAGGCUUACACGGAAGCUGAGCCUGAGGCCUUCAGUGGCUGAACUGCAGGCCAGACGGAUCUUGUGCUUCAAUGAAUAUGUAGAAGUUACAGAUUCUCUGGACUAUGACCGUCGAGCAGAUAAACCCUGGGCAAGGUUAACUCCUGCUGACAAGGCUGCCAUACGGAAAGAGCUUAAUGAGUUUAAAAGUACAGAAAUGGAGGUGCAUGAAGAAAGUCGUCAGUUUACACGGUUUCACCGUCCAUAGUGAAAUGAAAACUGUUGACCACGUCAGGCUGGAAGUUCAUGUUGAGAUGUAGAAACACUGCUCCAUUAUCAGCAUGCGCAUAUGUGUCUCUGAGCCCAAUUCAGUCAUUAACACAGAGGACAGGGGCAACAACUGAGAUCAUGGCUGUUUGUGCAUUUCCAUACUAGAUACAGAAACUGAAAAUCUUCCCUGGGCCUUAUUUUUGGCAUUACAACAUAUGGAUAAAUAACCUAGCACUAUAAAAAUACUAAGAUGAAAAGAAGAAAUGUCUUGGAAAACAGGCAGCAAGGAUUGUAUGAAUGCGGAGUUGUCCAUGCAGCUUUGUGAUCAUAUUAGAAUCACAUACUUCCUGCAGACGUCUAGAUGCCUAAAUAUAACAGCACUAUCAAUCACUUGUUACUUAUCUGAACUUGGCUGUUAAAUUAUAUGGCUGUUCUAAGUGCUGUCACUGUAAUAGCUGACAGCUGAAAUUAGGGUUUAUGUAUAAGGUUUUUAUAGCAAAAAAGAUAGCCAAAAUGAAAAUAAAGUGUUUCUUUAUUGAUGGAAUGUA